AUUGACCUCAAACCAAGCUCUUCCCACAAUCCUCUACUUCCUCAAGAAAGAGUGUUGACAAGCAUCAUGGCGACCAAUUUCAAAAUUGGAGAUCUUGUGUGGGCAAAGAUGAAAGGGUUCCAGGCUUGGCCAGGAAAGAUAGUGGAACCCAAGGAUGGUGUUAAAAAGCCUUCCAACAAGAAGAAUGUCCAUUUUGUCUAUUUCUACGGCUCUGAAAACUAUGCUUGGAUACAGGAAGAAAAUAUUUAUCCUUACCCUGAAUACAAGAGCAAAUAUGAAGGCAGUUCUCGUAUUCCUCGAGGCUUUAAGGAAGCUUUAGAAGCUAUUGAAAAUGAACACCAGGCCAUACUUGCUUCUGGACCCUUGGAAAACCUACCAUCUAUUGAUGAGGAAGUAGCACUGAUGCAGCACAAAUCUAUGGGAUCUGAUGGUGUCGAAGUGGCCCCAUCCUCCAGCUCUAGCAGUGCUAAAAAGGUAUCCAAAAAACCCAAAGAAGGUAAAGAAUCACAGAGCAGAAAGAGCAAACUUAAAUCUCCAGUUAGAAAGGGUAGCUCUGGUGUCAAACGUCCUAGUGACAGUGGAACUCCAUCAGCAACCAAAAAGUUUUUUAUGACCAAGAGCCAUAAAACUACAGACUUAGAUGACACACCAAAGACCGGGGAUGAUUCCAUGAGAGAAUCUUAUCAUUUUACACACACUAUUGGUGUUGGGGAUGUAGGAGUGGGAACCAAGCUGGAGGAAUAUGAUGAAGUUGAGUCUGAGGAAAAGAUAUCUGGAAAAACAGUUAUACCAACUCCUUUAAGGAUUGGUUUUCUUGGUCUUGGCAUUAUGGGUCAGGGAAUGGUAAUGAAUCUUCUAAGAUCUGGUCAUGAAGUCACUGUUUGGAACAGAACAGCUACAAAGUGUCGAGAGUUUGUGAAAGCAGGAGCUCUGAAAGGAAACAACCCUGCAGAUGUGGUUCAGUCAUGUGACAUCACAUUCACUUGUGUCGCUGACUCGACAGCAGUCAGAGAUAUCAUGUUUGGUAACAUGGGUGUGUUAGAUGGUAUCUCAAAGGGAAAAUGCUACGUGGAGAUGUCAACUGUAGAUGAAGAGACAGUACAGGAUGUAGCUGAUGCUAUCAUGGCUAGAGGUGGUGCGUUCUUAGAGGCCCCAGUUUGUGGCAGCCGAGUGCCAGCAUUAGAAGGACAGUUACUGAUUUUGUCCUCAGGAGAUCGCAAACUGUUUGAUGAUUGUUAUUCAUGCUUUGAGGCCAUGGGGAAAAAAUCUUUUUACCUUGGAAAUGAAGUAGGCACAGCAACACGCAUGAAGCUUAUCCACAACAUGAUCUUAGGCAACAUAGUGGCCAGCUUGGCUGAAGGCAUGGCCCUGGCCGAGAAGGUUGGAAUUGAUCUGGAAGAUUUUGCUGAAGUUCUCUCCCUUGGAUCACUAGCCUGUCGCACAGUCAAUCAUAAGAGUCAAGCUAUCCUGAAUGGAAGAUUCGACCCCCAUUUCCCACUCCAGCACCAACAGAAAGAUCUACGGUUAGUCCUAGGACUUGGAGACAGUGUGGAACAGCCCUUACACUUGGCAGCUGCUGCUAAUGAGCUCUUUAAGAAGGCCAGAAGGAUGGGUUAUGGUGAUGCUGAUGUUGCUGCUGUCUUUAAGGCAGCCAAUGAAUUUGGAGCAGGAGAAAAAACAGAUGCGGCCAAUGACAGCCAGACAAAAUAAGACAACCACAGCAUAGACCUGAAAAUCAUCUUAAACUACUGAGUUAACACGUUAUCUACUGAAGAGAAAGAAUGUUUGUACUUACGUGACAUCAAUUGCUCCCAAAACCAUGUUCACUCCAUCUUUGUAACAUUGGCUUUUUUGUGGCAUCCACACAACUGUUUAGUUUUCAUGAUCUUUCUUUGUAAUUAACUGAACUUGUAAUGUUGAUUUAAAACAGAAAUUUUAAAAUAAAUUAUAUCUCCUCAAUUAAAUUAUUUUUUUACUGAUCUAUCUUUGAGCUGGACUAUAAUGUUGACUGACCGCUUGCUGUUUUUAAAAAGACUGUAAAAUGACUGUUAUUUACCCUCUGACUUUAUGGACCAAGUUGAUCCCUAAAAAAAUAUUAAGGCAUCUUUUAACUCUUUGUUGUUACGAUUUUUUUUUUCUAAAACUUGAGCUAUGUAUAUUUUUCUGUAGUAAAAAAUUUUUUUUUCCUGAAAUGGAUAGUCUAUGAAAUAUGCAUGCAUAUCUAGACAAAGUAUAAAUUUUAGCAUUGAUAUUAUUGUGUGGACUCGCAUGUUGAUGGUAAGAGCUAUGUUUUUAUCAACUAGAAGAGGUUAAACGAACUGGCAAGUUAUGGGGUAAAAGGGUGGGGGAUUUUUUAUGUGGAGAUGAUUUUUAAAAAUGUUUCUCAUUUGUUGUUAAGUUUUUGUUUUUAAUCUUUAAUAUAUCUGAAUGUAUGCAUUUAUGGAUUAUUUUUUUAAAACUUGGAUUUAGUAUUAAUUGGAAGCAAGAAUUUGUACUUUAGGUAAAGAACACCAGAUGAAAUGUUUAGUUCAUCAAAAGAAAUCAAAGAUGUUGAGGCUUAGAUACUAAUGUAUAACCAAGCAUGCAAGUUCUCUUACUUUCUGCUUGUAAGUUCAUUAUGGGUAGAAUCAACAACAUGCAAGGUUCUUCAUCUUUCUGUCUUUGAUUUAUUUUGAGUAAUAAGUAAUGAAAACAGAUUUUGUGUUCUGUGUAUUAUAUUUUACAAUUACUAAUUACAUUGUUUUCCAAGUAGUUUUUGAACAUAUUUUUUUUUUAUUAGCGAUGAUAAAAGCUUAAAACUAUUUUGUUCGCAAAUUUUUUUUGUCAUUACAUUUAUAGAUUGUGUAUCAGGAAAUUGAUGCUGACACUGUGGAACAAAUUUGUUUAAUUUUAAUCAAGGAAAAUAUGGUAUCUUGUAAAGUUGUUUACCCAUUACAAAUUAUUAUUUUUUUUUUUGCUUUGUUAAAAGCUGUUAACAAUAUGUAAUUAUUUCACCUUUUAAAUCUUUUUUUUUUUGUAAAGUAAUGAGGAACGUUGUGACUUGUUUCUGUGCAAAGUUAGGAGUGCAAUAGUUUUCAACAACGCGCAAGAUUAAUUCAGUUUUCUUGUAGUCUAUUUUCAGUACAAGCUGGACGUAAGAUACAUUUUUUUUUUGCUACAUUUUAAUGUCAUAUACCAUUACUAUGUUUUCCAAUAAAAAUUAUCAUCAUUA